CACUUGUAAGUAUUCAACGGUUUUUUCAAAUGAUGUAUAACAUAUAAUUGAACGUAUAUUUGUUCGUCUGUUUAAUAAAUGGGACAAACUUACAUAUUCUUGGGUAAUUUAUGAAAUUCAGUACCCUUUGCAUCAAUUUCCACACGCAAAAUAUUUUUAGAUUUUAGGUAAACUAAUAGAAAAUGCCAAAGUCGAAGGAAUAUGUGUCGAGCGACGACGAUAGCAGCGAAGAGGAUGUAAAGUCAAAGAAGAAGCAGAAGAGGAAAAUCGAAGAGAAGACAGAGAAACCAUCAAAGAAACCAAAACAGGAAUCACCGAAAGAGGAGGAAAAUACUGCUUGGGAUCUUGGAAGUAAUCGUCAAGUUACAGUGCGGGAUUUCAAAGGAAAAUUAUAUGUUGACAUUAGAGAAAUGUAUUACGACAAGGAUGCAAAUUUAAAGCCUGGGAAAAAAGGAAUCUGUCUAAAUAUGGCCCAGUGGCGGAAAUUACUAGAAGUUGUGGAAGAUGUGGACAAAGCUGUAAAAUCUAAAUGUUAAGUUUUGUCUCAUCAUUCAUCGCGAAUGAAUACAUUAUAAAAGAUUGCCUGAUGCAAUCUAACAGGUGUCUUGUUAUUUUUAAAGAAAAAAUACAUUCGUCUAGCUAUCUGUAAA